GCGCUCUUCUGGGCUUGAGCGGAGCAGGCCGGUGCAGCAGGGGGUCGGGACUGUUUGGCUGGCGGAGUUUGCGCUCCCUCCCUCUCUCCCCAUAUUUUGGGGGUGGGGAGAAGUUAAGGACAGAGUUAAAUGGUGUAGAGCAGCAGAGGUGACAGGACUCGGCGGAGGUGACUUCGGGCAUGUCGCUGGCCCGAGUCUGAGAGGUACUCCUGAAGUUGGGCCGCUGGGCUGAUCCGUGGUGGUGCUUCGUUAGAUUGCUGUCACCUGGUGGUUUUUAGAGUGUGCGGAGCUGCCUUUGUGGUGGUGGGGGUCGUCUCCGAGCUCUCGUCGCCCUCUCCUCCUGUCUCUGGAGCCAGACUUUGAACUUGCAGCCCUGCGAUAAAUCGCCAGCACCAGGCCCCUGGGCACCGGGAGUUCACCAGCUCAGUUCACACUCUUGUGGUUCCUGAACAGAAUUGUUGCAACAAGCACUUGGCAGUCCUAAACAACUCGUCUUGGUUUACCGUGUUCCUAUUGUGACUGCAUCAUGGAAAAUCAACUGGCUAAAUCAACUGAAGAAAGGACAUUUCAGUACCAAGAUUCCCUUCCAUCACUGCCUGUUCCUUCACUUGAAGAAUCAUUAAAAAAAUACCUUGAAUCGGUAAAGCCAUUUGCAAAUGAGGAAGAAUAUAAGAAUACUGAAGCAAUUGUCCAGAAAUUUCAAAAUGGUAUUGGAAAAAAAUUGCAGCAGAAAUUACUUCAAAGAGCAAAAGGAAAAAGAAACUGGCUGGAAGAGUGGUGGCUGAAUGUUGCCUACCUGGAUGUUCGUAUACCAUCACAACUGAAUGUCAACUUUGGGGGUCCUGCAAGCCAUAUUGAACACUACUGGCCUCCAAAGGAGGGCACACAAUUGGAAAGAGGAAGUAUAAGUCUUUGGCAUAACUUGAACUACUGGCAGCUAUUAAGAAAAGAAAAGUUAGCUGUUGAAAAAGUUGGAAAUAUUCCUCUAGAUAUGAAUCAAUUCCGAAUGCUGUUUUCCACCUGCAAGAUUCCAGGAAUUACUAGAGAUUCAAUUAUUAAUUAUUUUAGGACUGAGAGAGAAGGACAUUCCCCAAGUCACCUUGCAGUGUUGUGUCGAGGCCGAGUUUUUGUCUUUGAUGUAAUGCAUGAAGGCUAUCUGAUGACUGCACCAGAGAUUCAGAGGCAAUUGACGUACAUCCAAAAGAAAUGCCACAGUGAACCCGACGGACCUGGGGUAGCAGCAUUAACUACCGAGGAGCGAACUCGAUGGGCUAAGGCACGAGAAUAUUUGAUUAGUCUUAAUCCAGAGAACCUGACUAUAUUAGAGAGAAUUCAGAGCAGUUUACUGGUAUUUUGUCUAGAUGAUGACAGUCCACAUGCUACACCAGAAGAUUAUUCUCAGGUUUCUGCGAAGAUUCUUUAUGGAGAUCCAACAGUACGCUGGGGUGACAAAUCUUAUAACUUGAUUGCCUUUUCUAAUGGAGUAUUUGGCAGUAAUUGUGAUCAUGCUCCUUUUGAUGCAAUGGUUCUGGUAAAAAUCUGCUAUUAUAUUGAUGAGAAAAUUCUUGAGAAUGAAGGAAGAUGGAAGGGCUCAGAAAAAGUACGGGAUAUACCGGUUCCAGAGGAGCUUGUUUUCACUGUGGAUGAAAAAGUACUAAAUGACAUCAACCAAGCUAAGGCCCAGUAUUUCAAGCAGGCGUCUGAUCUCCAGCUUGUGGUGUAUGCCUUUACAUCUUUUGGCAAAAAGCAAACCAAGAAGAAGCAGCUUCACCCUGAUACAUUUAUUCAGCUGGCACUUCAGCUGGCCUAUUACAGACUUCAUGGACGUCCUGGUUGCUGCUAUGAAACAGCUAUGACAAGAUUAUUUUAUCAUGGCCGUACAGAGACUGUGCGACCAUGUACCGUAGAAGCAGUCAACUGGUGCCAAUCUAUGCAGAAUCCUACCAGUCUUCUUGAGCAGCAGCACAUGAUGUUAGAAGCUUUUGCAAAACAUAAUAAAAUGAUGAAAGACUGUUCUACUGGAAAAGGAUUUGACCGUCAUCUUUUAGGCCUCUCACUCAUAGCAAAGGAGGAAGGCCUCCCUGUUCCAGAACUCUUCACAGACCCCCUCUUCUCCAGGAGUGGAGGAGGUGGAAACUUUGUUCUCUCAACCAGUCUGGUUGGUUAUUUAAGAGUCCAGGGCAUGGUGGCUCCCAUGGUGCACAAUGGCUAUGGAUUCUUCUAUCAUAUCAGAGAUGACAGGUUUGUUGUGUCCUGUUCAGCCUGGAAAUCAUGUCCAGAGACUGAUGCAGAGAAGCUAGUUCAGCAGGUUUUUCGUGCUUUCCAUGACAUGAUGCAACUGAUGGAAACGCCUCAUCUCUAGAGACUAAUCAUUUAUUAAGCACUUACCAAAAUAUAUAAUUGGGUGCCGGGAGUGGGUGGUAUUGUGAGACAGGAAGGGAUGUUGACUGAAGGAAACUUGUUAAAUGUAGAGAUCAGUGGAAUCAUGCUCUCAAAAUUUAUCCUGACAUAGAAAGUAGAAAUACUUUUAAGCUUCCUCUGAUGCAGCAGGAAUGCAAAUUACAAUAUGACUGUAGAACUAUGCAAAGUUUAAGAUCAGCCUCAACAAUGCAAAUCUACAGAUUUUAACAGUGCAAAUCUAACUCUUAAAUAUCUUUGUUGGUACCUAAGUAGGUAAUAAGUCUUCUUCCUGGACAUCAUCGUAGAGUCCAUCUUUCAAGCACUUUAACAUUUUCUAGUUGCCAAAGGAUAUGAAAUACAUGAUUGAAUACUAACUUCCCUGAAAUCAGUGGUUCCACAUUCACCACAGGGAUAUAAGCCUACUAUGUUUGGGAAAGACCACUACAGUUUAAUCUAAAAGUUUAUGUUGAACAGAUAGAAUUAGGUUGUAGUAAGGAGGUUUACACCCUCUGACACAUACAAAAAACCCUUGAAAAUUCAUUAUAUCAUUACAUUGAAUUGCCCAAAGUUUGUUUGGGUUUUUCCAUAGCAUUUCCAUAGUUUUUCUUACAGAAAGACCCAAGUGAACUUUGUGGCCAAUCCAAUAAUUAGUUUUGUGAACAUGAACUUAAAGCACUUAUAUUUAGACUUAAUGACUUUAAAAGGAUUGACUUCUAAAUCAGAUUCUCAGGAUUUCUUUUUCCUUUAUUCAGUUUUGUAGUUUUUACCCUCAGAAAAUAAAAUUUUCAAAAUCA